GUGCACGACUACAACCUUUUUAAUUCGACUACCCACGACUAUCUCUGCGAUAAAUUUCACACAAUCCAGAACAGUUUGGUAAUCUUCACGAUGGUUUCCUCAACCUUUUCCGACAUGUUACAAUCUCCUUACCACCCCGAUCACAUCUUCGGUGACGAAGAUACAUGGUAUGAUGCGCCAGCCGACUUACCACAGCAAGAAAUCGAAGAAUAUUUUGAUGCUCUCGAGGACCAAAAUGUUCUUAUCGGCUGGGCUACCAACAGAUUUGUUAGCGAUCCAGAAUGGGGUUAUUGGCCUGUACUACCUACAGCCACUCUCCAUAACGAAAUCGUCGCUUUCAUCACUGAUGAAAAUCUCUGCAACGACGCUCCCGAAUAUAUUCAACUAGAGGUUAUAUGCGCAAAACUAUCCAACUUGCAUCAGCAUCAUGAGCGCGAUAUCCAGGCGGAAGACCACAUGAUUCGCAUGGCGCUUAAAAAACUCCAGGUUAUCAGAGAAACCUUGUACGAGCCGGACAAUAUCUAUACUGGCUCUGAUUACAAGAGAAAGAGAGAUCUGGUUGUGGAGAGAAUUGAUGAAUGUUCUCGGACAAAGGCUUGUCUUGAAAAUGAAUAUAUCGACACGGUAUCAAAGCUUGCGAAGAACGCGGAGGAAAUUUCGCAAAAGUGGAAGAAGGAAGGUAGAGAACGGAAAGCAGAAUUGUCCGAACAACAGAUGCGGGAAAACAACUCAGAUACACAAUGUCGUCUCCAGAAUGCAUUGGCAGAAAAGGCGCGACUAGAACGCGAAUUGAAUGAUCUCCAGGAGACUCUUGCGUUACUUGAGAGUGAAAUAAAUCAUUAUGAAGAAGGUUAUAACUAUCUUCGAAGAGUGAGAGACGGUACACUGGGAGAGCAUAAUCAGCGCAUGAAUCGUGCGAUCGAACAACGAGACAACGCAAAACUUCAAGUUCGAAAUCUCAAACACCAUCUCAAGACUCACCGCGAUGCGAUUAUCCUCGAAAGACGUCGACGAAACGUUGCGCGAAAGAGCUGCAGCACUUUGAUGAGAACCCUGGAUGUGGAAAUAAGAGAGUCGGAAUUGGUAAGGAGAGAACUUUCCGAGGCCAAAACUCGGGAACAUUAUUUGAAUCAUGAUAUUAGUCUGCUCAAAAAGAGAUUGAGUGAUCAGAGAACCUGGAGUGAUGAGCUGGAGAUGCACGGAAUGCAAGGAGAGGUCUUUAACAGAAUGGGUGGAACAUGGGAGCCUUCGGUUUAUAAGCGUAGACUUGAGGAGUACGAGGAUUGCGAGAGGGAAGAGAGAACAGCAAAGCGUGCGCGCCGCAAUUAGAAUUUUGUGAUUAAUGAUAGAUAUCGUUGAUGUAUUGACCCAAUGGCAGAUAGAUGUAAUAAUCGAGAAUAGCAUAUGAUAAAUUAUUUUUUGUCCCGUUGAUACCA